AUUUUUGAAUUUUCAAUUUAUAUUUUCGUGCAUUACCUACCUACUGCCUGACUGAGUUAAUUUAUUUUUGUGUUUGUUGAUACAGAUGCGGUCACGUCUUAUGUAAAAAUAAUGUAACGGAUAGUGUAUAGCUAAUAUUAGAACGGCAGGUGGAAAAGAUAAUAUUUUUAACAUUAGCAUUUCGCACUCCGUAUCUUUCAGUGUAACAUUCCAGAUCUUGGUUAUUUAUACUUAAGUUCCGGAUAGUUAAAUGCUGAAUUUUAUAGCGAAUAAUUAAUAAUAACAUCUACCUCAAAUUACGCAAAAAUACCUAACUAACUAUGAGGAAUAGGUUUAGAAACUCGAAUACUCCGGUAAAGGCUGGAGAUUUAAUUUUAUCUGAAGAACCCUUUGCGUAUAUUUUAUCAUCAAAAGAAAAUGGAAAUCGAUGUGAUAAUUGUCUACAAAACUGUCGAGUUCUAAAGUGUUCUGGAUGCCAGUUUGUUUAUUACUGUGGAAAGAGUUGUCAGAGGGAUGCAUGGAGUGAUCACAAAUGGGAGUGUGCAAAUUUCAAGAGAGUAGCGCCGAAAAUAGUACCAGAUGGAGCCAGGAUGUUGGCAAAGAUUAUAAAUCGACUGAAGAGAGGCGACGGUAACUCUUAUAAGGCAUUUUACACACCUACCUCAUUUAGGAUGUGGAAAGAUCUUAUGUCGCAUUUUUCAGACCUAAAGAAAGAUAAGAAGAGGAUGGACCAUUUCACGACAUUAUGUGUAGUUCUUUACGAAUUUCUAAAGGACAUUUCAUUGCCAAAUACCGUAGAUCUCAUGGGAUUGUACGGGCGAAUGGUAAUCAACAGUUUCACGAUACUAAAUGUGGAUAUGAACUCAAUCGGUACAGGUAUAUACAUAGCUGCGUCGAUCAUAGACCAUAGUUGUAAUCCCAAUGCAGUAGCCACAUUUGAUGGCAAGACUAUUCAUAUAACCGCUAUAAAGGAUAUGCCUUGCUUGGAUUGGAAACAGAUACGUAUAUCAUAUAUAGAUCUAAUGAAAACGCCGUUCGACCGCCAAACGGAGUUGUUGGAGAACUAUUACUUCGCGUGCGAGUGUGACAGGUGCAUGGAUGACAGCCAAUUGAAAUACCUUCAUGCAGCGAAAUGCCUUAAUUCGAACUGUGAUAAUCCAAUAAAUAUACAAUGGAAAGAAAAUUGCCAACUCGUCAUGAAAACUAAGAAAAAUAAAAUUGAAAAUGGCGCCGUAACUACCAACGGAACGGAAACGGAAGAGAGUAAUCUACAAAAUGGUGUAACAGAAAGAGAUGAACAUAUAGACAACGGUUUGGUAGACAAAGAUAGCAAUAUACAAACCAAUGGAGAGAGUGAUAUGGAAAAUCAUGUGUUGGAAAGAGAUGGAAUAUAUUGUUCUGAAUGCGGUACUCAUUAUACGGAUAAACAUGUCGAAGUUUUCAAAAAGACGAUGGAGUUUUCGGAGUUGCAUUUGUUGAAUAUGAAAGAAACUACUGUAGCAUACGUCGACGUAUGCAAGUACUGCAUAGAGCGGCAGGAGGGUGUCUUGCACCCACUGAACGUGAUGCACGCACAAACAUUGGACCAGGCGUUCGAUGCGCUGGUCCAAGUGCAGCUGUGGGAACAGGCUUGUGUGUACGCAGAGAAACUGUUGCCUUGCUUUAGGUAUUAUUAUGGUCCCCUACACCCACUGCUUGGCUUAUUGCAACUGAAGUAUGGAAAGAUAUUACUGUACAAAAUGGAUUUAACAAAGGCUGUGAUUCAAUUCAAGGGUGCUGAAAAAAUAUUGAAAAUCACUCACGGAGAAAAGCAUCCGCUAUACAAGGAGCAAUUAUUGCCCUUGUUACAUCAAGCUAUAAUAGAAUCAUCCUAGAAUUAAAUAUUUAUUUGUAUAAUGGACCUCUUCACCAUGGGCAGUGUGGGCCUAACAAAUGAUUGUCAAUGAUUGCCACUAUUAUGGUGAUUAUGAAUAAAUAACUACAAUAACGGCUGUGAUCAUAGAUAUUUAGGCCCUCUACACUAUCGUGUUUGCGUAUAUUCGCCCAACGCUGCCCAUUGUGAAGAGGGCCCAUAAGAUUUAGUAAUUGUCAAGUUUUUUUAUAUAAUUAGAUGGCUCCAUAAGUGAAGAUUAUACUGUAGAAACAGAAUGGCAAUAGUGUUUUUUUAAGAGUUUACAAGGACCAAUAAUAGAUCUAAACAGUCUGCCUUAGAUAUUAUAAAUGUCGAAAUAACACAUUUUUUUGUAUGUCAGAUCAAAUGUCAAUUAGUUUUAUGAUAUGGCUGUGUGUGCAAUAAAUUAUUUCGAUUU